UCAAAACAAGAGUUUUUUCCUGAACACAGAAAAAAUUUACUUUGUAAAAGUGGACCUGUUCAACUGAUUUGAAAAUAAAAAAUUAAAACAUUUAUAUAAAUGAAAUUAAAUAAAUCAAAUGCUUAGAGCUCGUUAGAAAAAUUGUUCCCAAUUGCAUGCAAAUUGAUAAGCAAACAAAAAUUAGUGCACUUAACCACUUCAAAAAUCGAGUUGUCGUAAAAAAGACGUACAGAGAAAAGUAUAAUAAAGAAAAUUGGAUUAGCAGAAAAUUAAUUUAGUUUCACGUGCGGUAAAAGAAAAAAAGAGAGAGAAUACUUAGUAUAUGAAAUAUACGUAUAUAUAAUAUAUAUACGUAGCGAUAUAGGGAAAGUAAAGGGUCCCCACAAACCACUGAUGAGUAAACUACAAAAACAAGUAAAUUGGCAAGAGUGACAACAAUUCUUUGCGACCUUGACUUUAAAAGAAGUGUAAACUUCAAGGACAUUGCAUGUUUUCUUUGAUUAUAAAAGCAUCAAAAACAGUGUCGCAAGAAACAUUCGUUCGGUAUAUUGGUGGAGAUAAAGAAACUUAUCAGUACCAGCAGCCGCCGAGAAGAAGACUGACACUUCAUAUGUUUUUGUGCGUGUUGAAGGAAUUGUCAAAAUUGUGUUUGGUCUGCAAUUGUGGCAACCAUCCCAAUCCUCUCCAGCUAUACGAACACAGGGCUGGUUUGGAUUCGGAUACACACCCGAUCAGUUACUAACAUUGAGCCGGCGUAUACAAAAAAUCUGCAAUAAACGGGAUUUGUUAAAUAUGUCUCAAUCGUCGGCCACUAAUUCAGAAGAUGACAGCAAAACGGCAAACAAUGAGUCGGUGGCUGUCGACAGUGUAAUCGAUUUUAAAGGGAAACACUUCGGCCUUGAAAGCACAUCCCAAGAUUCGGAUGAUUACUUAGUUUCAGGAUCGGAAGGCACUAUGAUUGAUGUUGAGAGAUUUUGUCACGCCGACUAUCGUAUAGAGCAAUAUGCUCACAGUGUAUUAGACUUCAGUUCACAAUAUGGUAUAGAUCUAAGUAUAUCAUAUACGGCGCCAAAUAUUACGGGGCGUCCGUCAAAAUAUCCGGAAUAUGGGGAUUUCCCGCAAACAUUUGCUAUGCGUACUUACGGUGCUUGGUGGGAUAGAGCUCCGUCACGUCUUAAAGAAAUACAACCUCAAAAUGUAUCAGAAAUACCAGCAGAAGAUUUUAUAGUACUUUAUUUUGAGGACUACAUUAUACCUGAUGAAAUAGCAAUUUUUGAGACCUACAAUCCUGGCGCUGUAAUACGCGUGUGGGCGUAUACCAUAGCUAAGACAUGGAUUUGUUUAUGGGAAGAUAAGGAAUUUUACACUAAACCUAUAUAUAGCCCAUCUCGUGCCCGACGUUUUACACCACCACUUAAGCGAAUACAAUUACCCACAAAGACGAUAAGACUGGAGUUCAAUCAUCAACGACUUCAUUACUAUACUGAAAUCGAUGCGGUAUUAUUAAGCGGUAAAAAAUUCAAUACACGCAAUAUGCAACAUCUACUUGAUUACUAUGAAAGGCAAAGAAAAGUUUUAACUUUAGGUUCAAUUUUAUGUAAAUUACAAAAUAUGAAAUUUCGUCCGAUCUGCAGGGAUAACUAUCAAAAUCGUUUGCAGCAUUUCUUAAUGCAUGAUCUGGAUAAAUUUAUCUCGGUGUUGUCUGAUGUGCAAAUACAAUCCAUGCAACGCCAACAACAACAGCAGCUGCAAUCAUCCAACACUGAUGAAAUGAAAAUUUCAAAAAUCGGUUUGAAAAAUAUGCCGUUCGAGAUAAUGCUAAAAAUUUUUAGCUAUCUGGAUUUGAAAUCUUUAUUCCGUGUAGGAGCAGUAUCGCGAUUCCUCUAUGAUGUGUCUACACAUCCUCUCUUGUAUAGUGAAUUGAAUUUGAAACCUUAUUGGCAUUUAGCCAGUACCGAAUUAUUGUCUACUUUGGCCAAAAGAGCAACGAUAUUAAAAAAAUUAGAUAUGUCCUGGUGCGGCUGUACUGUUCAAACCAUAUCACCAACCGAAUUUAAAAAAUUCAUACAACAACGAGGCGAUUCUUUAACACAUUUGCGAUUGAAUUCUACUAAAUUCUUAAAUGCCAGUUGCAUCGAUACGUUGGGCAUAGUCUGUGAUAAUCUAAAAGAAUUAUCGUUACGUAAUUGUUCUCCUAGUCCGCCGUUGUUGAAUUUUUCUUGUUUAGCAAAUUUAAAAAAUCUCGAGCGUUUAGAUCUGUUUCAAACCGUUAUCGAAUCCGAUUUGUUGUUAACCAUGUUGGAGAAUAAUCCAAAAUUAAAACAUUUAAAUCUGGCAUUUUGCAGUGUAGCCGUUAAUAUGGAUGAUGUGGCCCAGCACAUAGCCAAGUAUAAUAAACAGUUGAUCUCCUUGGAUAUGUGGAAAGCUCAUUUUUUAUCAGCCCAAGGAUUGUUGGUUCUAUCGAAUUGUCAUAAUUUAGAAGAAAUUGAUUUUGGCUGGUGUUUGCGUGAAGCUUCUUUGGGGGACAGCUUAAGAGAAUUUCUUACUCAGUGUACAAAAUUGAAAAAAUUAUUUUUGGCAGCUGUUCGAGGAUUAACAGAUCGUGACCUAGAGUAUAUAGCGAAUUUGUGUCCAAAUUUGGAACAAUUAGAUUUAAUGGGUGUUUUAGGCAUAUCCAAAGAAAGAUAUAUUGACAUUUUACAAAAGUGUGCUAAACUUCAACUAUUGGACCUAUGCUUUUGUGAUAAUAUUAUGGAUUAUGAUGUGGCUUUAUGGUCUCGCACUUUCAAAGUGGAUAUCAAGUCUUGCCAGGUACCUAACGAUUUUAGAUAAGUUAUUUUUCUAAGGUCAAAAAUUUGUUGUAGUUUUAAA